AUGAUGUAUUCCAGGUACAGCAGAUUGGUUAAUCUGCAGAGAAAGGAAGAUAGUAGAGGGUCGGUUAUCGAGAAUUGUGUGUCAGAAAACACAGACACAAGAGGGGAAAACCUCACACGAGUGGACACUGGUCAUCUAGUCGGCGCUGUGAAAGUUGAAGACAAGGCUGAUCAAGCCAUCCGUGGACAGGAAGAGGACAGUAUCAGUCUGCCCGGAAGUGGGCUGCAGCCGGAUGAAAUUUGCAGAGAUGCCAGUCUGGAUCAGUUGUGGGACCGGUUGUGUAAUCCACCAACGAAAUGCUGCUCGUUGCUGAAGAGGCAUCUAACACCGGAACUGUUAGUUCUACUUAGGGACAGAAUCACCGAAUUCGGUGGACGAUUAGAAGAUUGUAUACGUUCUGGAUGUGAAAACACAGACAGCGGAGUGGGGGUCUACGCCUCUGAUCCAGAUGCCUACACAGUGUUCGCCCCAUUGCUGGACGCCGUCAUCAAGGACUACCACAAGGUGUCCGAACUCAACCACCCCAAUCCAGACUUGGGGGAUAUCGCUAAACUGGACUUUGGUGACCUUGACCCGUCCGGCAACUUGAUUGUUUCAACCAGAGUCCGCGUGGGCCGCAGCCACGACAGCUAUGGAUUCCCCCCAGUGCUGACAAAGGAGGAUCGUGUGGAGAUGGAGAAGAAGUCGCAGGAGGCUCUAAACAAACUGGAUGGGGAGUUGAAAGGCUCCUAUUACCCUCUUUCUGGCAUGAGCAAGGAGACCCAGAAGCAGCUUACUGAGGACCAUUUUCUCUUCAACGACAGUGACAGGUUCCUGAGGGCGGCCGGUGGCUACAGGGAUUGGCCCACAGGUCGUGGCAUUUAUUUCAACGACAACAAGACCUUCCUGGUGUGGGUCAACGAGGAGGAUCAUUUGAGGUUCAUUUCUAUGCAGAAAGGCGGCAACUUGAAGGAGGUUUAUGCCAGACUUGUCAAGGCAAUCAGGGCCCUAGAGAGUAGUGGCCUGUCCUUUGCCAAGCGUGAAGGUCUAGGUUAUCUGACUUUCUGUCCCUCCAAUCUGGGAACCACCCUUCGUGCCUCCGUACAUAUCAAGAUCCCCAAGUUGGCUGCUACGCCUGACUUCAAGGCUUUCUGUGACAAAUAUAACAUCCAGGCCAGAGGUAUUCAUGGAGAACACACAGAGUCGGUCGGAGGUGUGUACGACAUCUCCAACAAGAGGAGACUGGGUCUCACAGAAAUCAGUGCCAUCCAGGAGAUGCGCAGAGGUGUUGAGGCUGUCAUUGCAGAGGAGAAAAGACUGGGAGGCGGUAACUAA